GGAAGAGUCACUUAUUCCGCUUAUAUGGUUACCACACCUCAAAACAUUGUUCAGAUGAUGUAUUUGUCAUUUGUCAGGUUUUUGUCCUUAAAACGCUCUCUUGUAGGACUAAUUUCUUAUGCAUCUAAUCCCAAGCCUACCUAUAGUUUACUAUAUUUAUUUGCUUGGUCAGUGUCGUUGUGAGUUGUGGAUAUGGAACUGUAAUGCGGUGAAAAGACCUGACUGGAACUACUACUUUAGCCAUGCGUUUCAAGAGUUUGAUUGACAGGCGAUUUAACCAAUCAUAACGCCGAAUCCGCCAUUUUGUCCGACAAAGCAGUCAGGUGAGUAAGCAGAUUAAUGUAGGUGGACAUGAACUUGAAAAAUGGUGUGUACUGACGUCUUUCCGCGAUUGAAACAACAUUCCUUAUGAUGUUCAUUCAUGUUUAUUUGAUGCUAUAAAUGAACUCGUAGGAAGAGAUGAUCGGUUCACGAGCCGCUUGAACUGAGGCGCUACAGCGAUCUGUCACUACACAUUAAAGAGCCACAAAACGGAGGUUCUCAGGCAGGGAGAGGCCAGGAUGGGGUUGCAGCUUGCAGACCAGGGAGAGAGUUUCAAGUUCAAGUGCAAGAUUACAUGUUCCUGACCAAGUGGAAGAGCUGAGAAAAAAUGUGCGGUAACUAAGCCAAGAGGAGUCAUCUGUAUGCUGCUGUAUCCUUAACAGCACAUUGAUUCUGAAUGAGAGAAAAAGUGAACAAGAGAAGACGGAGAAAAAUCCACCCCUUUGCUUCCUCUUCACUGCUACUCUCCUCCUCUUUCCCUCCCACUAAGAUAUUCUGUCUGAAGCCACCCCCCUUUCUCUCUCGCUCCAUCUCGAUCUGCCCUGUAUUCCUAUCCUUCACUCUCUCCUACACAUGCACAUACUAUUAAACACCACUUUUCUUCUUUUGCCUAGCUUGUCUCUCAUCAGGUCGUCUUUUAACGCACCGCUUUAAGAGCCUCUAGUAUUUGUGUUUCUCCCAGUGGUUGGAGAAACCGGCUCAAUGCGGCUCGCUAUCUCUCUCAGCUGUGUCUCACACACUGGGAUAGCCUGUUUCUCAUUGAGAGGCCCUUUUUUUUUUUACUUGUAACACACGAGUCUUGCUCUCUUUACGGUGCAGGUUUCCCUCCCCCUUCCCUCUUCUCUACACUUAUCCGUAAAGAAAGGAAGGAAGCGGAAGAGAGUGGUGUCUGUGAGGAGGAAUGAUGAAAAGGCAGAGAGAGAGAGAGAGAGAGAGAGAGAGAGAGUGAAGAAAGGAGGGGGUAAAAGAAGAGAGCAGGACUGAGGAGAGUGGACUGGCAGAAACGUGAAAUACGAGAGGGAGAAGAGUAAAGUAGGAGAGGAACCCGUAAGAGGAGAAACGAGGGAUGGCUGACCUGGAAGUGGGCAAAAUCGGGGGAAAGGAAGCCACCGUUCCUUUCCAACACUUGCUGAAGCUGGGACGCAUCACCUGAGAUCCGCUCUGGUCCUCCUCUGGGACAGGUGUUCACUCCUCAUACGACAUACAGCUCAAAGGAGACCAGCUGGUCAGUGAUCAGGAAGAGGCUAUGACGUGAUGCUGAAGAAUAUCUUGAUAGCUGAAAUUAUGCCUAUAGUGGAGGAAUUUGACGAGCAGACAAAUGAUGAUACAGUGUAUGAGUUCAGGUUACAGGCUGCAGCAAACAAUUUCAUUGCAGCAGCCUCAAGGCUGCCCAGAGCCUCUGGAUGUUUCCCCCCAUGUGGUUUCCAGGCGCAAGGUGCUGUUUAUAACUGCAUGACCUGUCAGUACGACUCCUGUGAGUUCCCGCUGGAUUGCCCUGUGAAGCAAAUCACUGUACAGGAAAACAACAUGACUCAGAUGUGGUGUAAGGUCCCUUUCCUGCUGCCCACAGAUGCAGAGAUUGUCUGGAGAUAUGCAGUGGAGAGAACGAUGUUGAUGGAUCGGUUUGAUGAGGUCACGGUUGGAGUGGAUCCACUUUACUUCAUCUCCUCUGCCCGGCCAGAGCACUCAGGCACCUACCAGUGUGAAAUAUUCUCUCAGGAGCACUCUCUGGUCCGUAUCUACUACUACCUCACAGUGGUCCCUCUGGCACAGUUAGGCCAUGUAGAACUACAGGAUGUAUUUGAACAGGCUCUCCUCCCAGGAGGCCAGUUCCGUCCCCUGUCCCCUAAGGAUCCAUUUACCUUGUGGGUGCCCAGUCCUGCCCUUCUCACCACCUGUCUGACUGCAAUGUUUCUGCUUGUCUUCCUCAUGCUAGGGGUGCUGUAUUGGUUAUCCAAUCAGAUUGUGAUCAAUGAUUCUGAUCCAGUCCAAGAAACAAAAUCCACAGAAAAAAAUAAAUAUUUUAUUCACUGUUGAACAUGGGAAAAGCAAUAAAUUAUUAAGGCAAACGCAUUUUUCACCGGUAAAGGCAAUUCCCUAUUGAAUCAGGACCAAAUUAUUUAAGAAUAACGUACUUUACGUAAUAAAUAACGUAAUUUUUUUAUAUCGAAGUGAGUUUUUGUAAAUGACUGGGAGAACAUAGUAGAGGCAGUGAAUCUGAGUGUAUGAGUGAGGGUGUACCACUAACUCAAGUUAUAAAGCCUUCUUUAUGCUACUAAAUAUAGCCAGACAUGACUCAAGGCGUUACUCUUUUUACAGUCUUUACUCAGUGUUUUCUGCUGUUGUCCCAACAACCCAUUAAGACCAAACUGGGCGAGGGAAAUACUUCAUUGUACAGCACUGCAAUUUUCCAUAAUGUUUGCUAGGACAAUGUGUAUUUUAGACCUGCAAAUUUUAUUACAUUGUCUGGAUUUUAUCACAGUGCUUCAGAUUUAAAGACCUAAUGUAUUUUUUUUCUUCUUCAUAAAUUACAAAUACAUUUAAAUAAGCAGGUUUUUAGGGA